CUCAGGGAUGGUCUCAGGGAUGCGAACGCGGUAGCUCUAACGUCAUGACUGACUACAUGCAAGAAAGCGAAUCGAAAGGAAAAGAUCGAUCCUUUUUCAUAUGACCAAUAUAUUUAAUACUACUCAAUGGACAUCAGUCCAAGUUUUUCAAAGAUAUCCACCUGUACCAGGCGGCCUACUUGAAGAAGAUGCAAGAACAGCUGGCCCUACGAACAUCGCUCAGAUCAGCAUCAGAAAAGUAGUGCGCUGGUAGGCCCGUGCUUCGAUGCACAGACUCUGGCGCGUCGAACGAUUCGAAAAAUUUGUAAUUGUAACUGAAUGAGUAGAAAGAAAAUCAAUUCCAUGAAAGUGCUACAUCGCCAUCCACCAGCUCCACAGCAAAACAGUUCGUCUAAACAGCAGUCUCCAACAGUUGCAUCGUUGAAGUCUAAACAGCACUCUCCACAACAUUGAUUUGCAUGCUCCAUUCUCUCCAGUACUCUGCUCAACACACGUAUUCGAAUUCUAGUACAAGUAGUUUACUAGCUGGUCGUCCUAAAGAAGAGAAAGCAACUCUCCAACAUCCACGCGACCCCUGUUGUUCUUUUCAUCUGGUCGGUGGAACUCUGAUAAGAUGAGAAAAAGGUGCGUCAUUGCCAGCCGACGUCUCUGAUGCAUCAGCCUCGAAACGUUGAAGCGAUCAUGGCAUCUUCUCAGAGUCAGUAAUACAUGAUCAUCUACUAUUCACUUGUACUAGAGUUCUUACCUUCUACCCAGUAGUAGUAGUACUAGACGACCCAGUUGUACUAGACGAGGUCUCCUGCGUAACAAAGACUUUUCACCUUUCUUUGUUUCCAAACACCUUCGUCUUGUAAUGUAACUACGCAAUCGUCCUAACUAUUUGGGAGGGCAACUUGACUAAUGGGGAGCAGGGUAAGCCUAACUAGCUAACGGGGGAGGGUAAUCGCAAUUCUAACUAGCGGGGAGCCUAACGAGACCGUUAGCGGGACACUAAGUAAGAAGUAGCUAACGGGUAGGGUAAGCCUAACUACGAGUUGGAACGGUAUUAACCUGAGCAAUGGGGAGGGUAACCCGAAUUAGCUAACGGGGAGGGUAACCUGACUUAGUCAAUUAUUAUAACCCGACUCCUGUUUGCAUCUUUUUUUUUGGAAUAUUCUUCGCCUCAACAUGGUAGAAUUUGAGUCAUAAAUUCAAUCAAUCUCAACAUACAAGGUCCUUAUGGUGCUAAUACAGAGUAGCUUUACAGCUACUACUUCUUGUAUGCUGUUGUAUUUGAUGAAAGCGAAGAAGAAGAUUAGCGCCGGACGUAAAGGCUCAAGGGGAGAGUAAUCAGUGGGCCCUCUACCUAGCUGCGCUUUUCGAAGUGGAUUGUGACGCCGAACAGAUCUACGCUGUAAAUCUCGCGACGUCGGUGCGCCUGGCACUCUGACUCGAUCGAGGCUACUGGCCUUGAACUUGAUGACAGCGAAGAAUAUGUUGACAAGAAAAUUGUAAUUGCCUUACCUUGUUCUUGAUGUUGUUGAGUAGCUACUUGGUGGAGUCAACGCGGAGUUUUUGCGAGUACCGAAUGAAUGAAGAUGAAUUGUAAGACGUAAGAAAUGAACAACUUGACAGAACAUGUUAAUAGUAAGUAGUGAGAAAUGAACUUGAACAGAACAUCUUCUUAUCAAUCCAGUUGACAAAGACAACUCUGAUGUUUGUAAAACUCAUUAAAAUACUGACCAUCAUUCUUCUGACAUUCAAUUUCAAAUUCAAUAACAUGCAAAUUCAUUCAACUACAACACUUUCCAAAAACGUAGCCCACUUGUUGGAGUCUACGCAGAUCUUUUGCGUGCAAGAAUGAAUGAAUGAACGAAGUUUAUGAUUGUCAUGUGUGU